AUGGUGAGGCGGGUGGAUUUCAACUCCAACAAGACCAUGGACAAGGACGAGUUCCUGCGGCUCAUGCGCUUGCAACGUGAAACCACGCUGGGCUCCUACACCGCGGCCUACACCAAGAACCGCCUCUACGCCCGCAACGCGGCGCCCCCCGCAGAGAUCCAACGCGUCUUGGAGGUGGCGGGGCACCGGCCGAAUGUGUUGAUCCUAAACCAAGCGCUGCAGCUGGUGGAGGACAGCAGUGGACGGACGCCAGGAGCAGCCGUCGCUCUCCUUCGAGGGAUUUCUGAAGGUGGCGGAUUUCUGCCGGAAGACCAUCCCGCAGGAGAACCGGAAAUUCGCGCACUUCACCCUGCAGGAGAUCGAGGAUCUGCGACGGUCCUUUGA